AUGAAUAUACUUAUUUGGAAUUGCAAAGGGACUAUGAAGCCUUCAUUUUGUAGUACCAUUCGUGACUUAACCAAUUUCCACUCUCCAGGCAUUGUGGUGAUAACUGAAACUCGCAUAGGCGGCUCUAGAGCUGGUGAAAUCAUCCGCUUUCUACCCUUUGAUGGCAUUCAUACAACUGACCCUAUUGGCUACACGAGAGGAAUUUGGCUUAUCUGGCAAAAGAAGAUGGUUGACAUGGAUGUCCUCACUACCACAAAAAAGGAAAUUCAGGUUAAGGUAAUUAACACUCCAACUUCUUGGCUACUAUCAUCUAUUUACGGUAGUCCUAGGUUUGAGGAACGACAAGUUCUUUGGGACAAUCUUUGUUAUGUUUUUGUCCUCCAUAAUCUCCCCUGGGCUAUUGUUGGGGAUUUUAAUGAUGUGCUCAAUGGAUUAGAAAAGCUGGGUGGUAAUCCGAUUAAUUUGCAUCGUACUAUGGCCUAUAGAAACUGCAAGAAUUUCUACAAUAUGAUUGAUCUUGGAUUCUUUGAGCCCAUCUUCACUUGGACUAACCGUAGGGAGAUCACUGCCUUAAUCCAACAAAGAAUUGAUAGGUGUUGGGCUAACCCCUCUUGGAAUUUAGCCUUUUCUAAGGCUAAUGUUACUCACCUGCCAAGAAUAAGUUCAGACCACUGCUCUAUUUUUCUUAUGUCUAGCAGAUAA